AUCAGCUAUUUGUUCUACGAGAAUCCAUUGAUUAGAUAUGAAUUCCUUCAUGAGAUUGAUCGGAAGCCUUAGCUUCAUGAUAUGGCUAAUCCUGGCCAUAUCAGCAGCAGCCCAACCAUCGUCCUCUCCCGCUCCGGUGCUCGACAGUGCCGGAAGUCCUCUCGAAGCCGGCGUAGAAUACUACAUCAAUCCUGCUAUUACUGACAACGGCGGUCGUUUCACCCUGAUUAACCGAAAUGGGUGCCCAUUUAACGUUGGGCAGGAAAACGUUUCGGGCUUGGAAGGCCUUCCUGUCAUCUUUACGCCUUUCCUCGAGGGAGAGACGGUGAUUAGGGAGGACAGGGACUUCAAGAUUGUUUUCUCGGCAGCCACAAUCUGCGUGCAGUCAACGGCGUGGAAGGUGGGCGAGACAGACGCUGCGAGUGGAAGGAGAUUAAUUGUGACCGGAGAAAGCCAAAGCAAGCUAGCCACUGACAACUACUUCCGGAUAGUGAAAGCCCAAGUGGGAGACAAUAUCUACAACAUUUCAUGGUGUCCUACAGAUGUUUGUCCCACUUGCAAGUUUAACUGCGGGACUGCUGGCGGUUUGGAUGAAAAUGGGAAGAUUUUGUUGGCCUUGGAUGGGAAUGUGCUUCCGGUUACGUUUGAGAGGAGGGCUUAAACUUAAUUAUCACCUCUCCUUAAAUAAAUGUUGUUAAUUAGCUUCUCCAUCUACUAAAUAAAUAAACCUCGGUGCAUGUACGUCCUUUGUAAAGUAAUGGCUAUUUUUCACGCAAAGAAAUGAAAAUUGUUAUGUUUUA